GUGCGAUCGCGCGGCGCGGCAUCGAGCGGCGCGGCCCAAGGGGCUCGCUCCGCAAAUUGCUCACAAGGCCUUUCGAGGCGGUCGUGUCACAGAGGCCGUCAUGUCGGACAACAGAAAAACGACCGCGGUCCUGUGAUGUCACAAAGCGGGAAUCCCCCCUCCGCCGCGUCGGCCGUUUGUUUGUCGCUAUCGCAUCGGGGCGAUUUUCGGGAGCAACAUGCCGUUUCUCUUCCUGGGUUUUGCUCUGGGAGCCGUGGCCACCAAAACGCUGAGGACCGUCGUGGGCGGCCGCCCCGCGUCACCCGCCGUUCGAGCGGGAAGCGCGGACGCGUGGGGCGACGAGCCAUUGGCGGGGGCGGCGGCGGCGGCGGCCGGCAAGAGGAGCCCACUGAAGAAGAUCUGCCGCUUCGCCAACUACUGCAACAACUGCUGGAUGAACUCCACGCUGCAAGCCACGCUGAACCUGAACGUGGUCCGGCGCAAGCUGCCCGAGCGCAUCCAGCAGUUUGUGAGCUUACUGUCGGAGAUGCCGGCGUUCGCCUGCCUCUACCUGAGCGCCCUGGAGAACCCCGGCGUGUGCUUCACGGCGGCGGAGCUUUGCGUGGCGCUGGCCGAGCUCUGCGACUGCGUCCCGGCGCUCAUCCUGUACGAGAACAACGACUCGGUGGACCUGCUGGUGCCGCUCCUGUCGUGGUUCGACCGCUGCGGGAUCCGCACCGGCGUCCAGGUGCGCGACGUCAACCGCUGCCCGCGGUGCCACCUCACCACCUCGUCCGUCUCCAACCUGGGCAACGUGGUCACCUUGCCCAAGCCGCUCAACGGCGAGACGCUGAGCUCCUUGAUCAAGCGCGGCACGGGCGGGCGGCGGCGCCGCUGCAAGGCGUGCGGCCACAAAACGGUCCGCAAGCGGUUCUGGACCCACCCGGACAUCCUCACCUUCUUCGUCAACCGCAUCGCCGGCGACGGCUUGGUCAGCCACGACCGCGUCUACUCGCCCGAACGGCUGGAGGUGGACGUGGACGAGAACACCAAGCAGACGUACCGCCUCUCGUCCGUCAUCUGCCACGCCGGCGUGGACCGUCAUAGCGGACACUUUUGGUCCUACCUCUUUUCGGGCGACGUCACCAUCGAGGCUAAUGAUACGUACCUGUCCUUUACCGACCAGGGUCCGCCCGAUAAGGUCUACAACAACGGCACCACCUAUCUCUACGAAGUUUAGCGGCGGCAUCGAGUCCGCCGCGGUGUCGCGCAUCGCGACGACAAGGCGCCGCCACGUGAGACCGCGAAAUAGCUCGGGCCGGCUUCGGUCAGCGCCGCGCUUUCAUCCGGAGGCCGGAGCAAAAAUUCUUCCGGUGGUACCGACGGGCGGCAGGCCGGAGAACUUUCUGCUUUCGAGUCAGACGCUCGCUCGACGGCGGCUGUUUUUCUCAGACGGGGUUUUGCUUCCCCCCCCCCCCCGACGACGCUCCCGAGUGCCCCGUCAGUUGGCCCAAAUUAAAAAUGUUUUCAAACACUUGGGCUUUGUCGCUGCUCUUUUUUUCUCUG